AUCUGCGCACUGCAGUAACGCUACAUUCCACAACGCACACGACUGGACGCUGGAUGUGAUGGAUAUUGGAUAUCUGUCGGCAAACGAGGAGAUCUCAUCUGGGUUUUCAUUAAGAACAAAGUUUGCUUGCAUGAAAACAUCAUUUGAAUUGUUCUUGUGCGUGCUCAUUUCACUGUGAUUGAGUGGCUCGAGCCGCUCUAUCCUUCAACAGAUGAGAAGCAACCAGUUCCUACAACUUCAGUUGUCUGCACUAGGGGAAAAGAAUGGUGUUUAUGACCGAAAUCUCAAAACAUAUCGGAAUCAUCCCACGAAAAUAGUCACCCAGCCUGGAAUCGUAAUGAAAGUGUUGCGGAGGAAGAGAAUUGUACUGUUUAUAGCGUAUUUUCUGCUGUUAGUUCUCACCAUGCUGAACUUGGCUAACUACAGAUGGACUAAAGAACCUCAACAGUGUAAUCUCCAGAUGAGAAGCACUCCGUAUCAGGGAAGGUCAGAUAUCCGAUUCCUUUACAGACCAUCUCUUGCUAAGAAGAGACAGCUCGUCUAUGUUUUGACCACAUGGAGGUCCGGUUCAUCAUUUUUUGGAGAGCUGUUUAAUCAACACCCAGAGGUUUUCUUCCUGUAUGAACCUAUGUGGCACAUCUGGCAGAAGCUGUACCCGGGUGAUGCCGUGUCCUUACAGGGAGCAGCGAGGGACAUGCUGAGCUCGCUGUACCGCUGCGACCUUUCAGUUUUUCAGCUGUACAACAGCCCUGGGAGCAAAAACUUCACCUCCCUCGGACUUUUCGGGGCCACGCUUAAUAAAGUCAUCUGCUCGUAUCCUCUUUGCUCAGCUUAUAGAAAAGAAGUCGUCGGGAUGGUGGAUGACAAAGUGUGCAAAAAAUGUCCUCCGCAAAGCCUCCAGCUCUUAGAGGAAGAAUGCUUGAAGUACAACACUAUAGUCAUAAAGGGGGUUCGGGUUUUGGACGUCAACGUUUUGGCGCCUCUUAUGGAGGAUCCGUCUUUGGAUCUGAAGGUGAUUCAUCUUGUGCGAGAUCCCAGAGCCGUGGCCAACUCCAGGAUCAAAUCCAGGCACGGGCUGAUUCGUGAGAACUUGCAGGUGGUCCGAAGCAGGGAUCCCAAACUCCGUCGGAUACCCUUUGUGGAUCCCGGUCACAAAAUUAGCAAAAAAGAUGGCGCAGAUUACCAUUCGGUUGGGGCUAUGGAGGUCAUAUGCGACCGGACGUACAGGAGCCUGAGGACCGCCUUAAAUCCGCCCGACUGGCUGAAAGGGAAAUACCUGGCGGUACGCUACGAAGAUCUGGUGGAUAACCCUGUCAAAACACUCCGGAAUGUUUAUAAAUUUGCCAAUCUCAGUGCCAACCUUGACAUUGAGUCUUUUGCUCUUAACAUGACGAAUGGCACAAGCUCUUCCUCAAAGCCAUUUAUUGUGUCGGCCAGGAACGCGACACAAGCGGCCAGUGCGUGGAGAACAGUGUUGAGUAUUCAACAGAUAAAACAAGUAGAGGAGUACUGCCAUCAUGCGAUGGCCAUCCUGGGUUAUGAACGUGUAAGAACAGCUGGAGAAGCAAAAGACCUGAGUAAAUCUUUAUUGACUGCCUCUAAACUGUGACAGAGUUCUUGCACAGGAGAUAGCUUUCAAAUUCCCAACGGAAAAGGAGGACCAGCUCAGUAACUGAGGAUUUGUUUGUUCAAAUCAAGGAUUUCACAAUCACUUUCGGGAAUGUCAUAGCUCUUUGUGGUCAUUUAAUAGCACUGUUUGUUUUCUAAAUGAAACUGUAGAUGUUUGAUACGGCAGCAUCUGUGAACCACAGCUGGAAAAUUUAUAUUGUACAAAACAAAUGUUGCAUUGCCCUUUUUUCCCCCUUAAAUGGAUGCUUACGGUUGUUUGGAAUGUUUUUGAGUAUCAGUUCAUUUGCUGUAUGUAAAAUUAAGAAAUGAGAAUGGAAAAUGAGCAACAAAAAUACUGAUCAAUGCAGUUAGUGCAGGUAAUGCUAUUUCUUUAGAAUCAAUUCAAAGACAAUCAUUAAAGUUCACAAUGAAUGCCAGUGUUAUAUGUUAUGUAAGGCAUAUUUCUCAUUACCAAAUAAAAUGUUAAAGCAAUUCGUUGCAAAAUCUUAAAGGCUAUGUUUUUAUGCUGCUUAGUU